AUGGAUCAAGUCAAGAUUCCCUUAAAACCAUUUCCUGUUGCACAGGUCCAUGAGAUCGAAUUUGGAGUUUACCUCCUUCCUCCCUUGAGCCGCCGGGGCAUAGGGCCCGCCCUUAUCAUCAUCGUCCCCGAUGGCCCACCAAAUAAACAAGUCCUAACCAAUGGAGUCCCAACGCCUUCCCUGAAGUGGGCUGAAGAGGGCUACACUGUGCUCGAGGUCCGAGGGCCAGCCCUGACUCGGGGGUAUACCCUGAACCAAGCCAUUGAGACCUUAGCGCAGCACGGCCAGUGCUCUGGACAUGGUACCAUCGGCCUCGUGGCAUAUGACUUUCAACUGUGGGAGAGAGUUCACUCUCUGCCGGAGAUCAAGAAGAUCACAGCGGCUGUAAUCUACGGGGCUGCAUCCGAUGCCUCCGGGUUGAGUUCAAGUACCAUCCCCACCGUACAACAUCUGUCUGGCAAAGCGAGCAUGCCGCUGCAGCGAACCGAAUUUCUGAUGCAGUACGAGUAUCCAAAGAUGAGCAGCCAGUGGUUUGCCCUCCCUACAGCUCCGGGAUUCGAUUAUGCGACAGAAGCCAUCUCCCACACACGAAAUCUGACCUUCCUGAAGAGGCAGAUGAAUGGCCCUUACUUCGACCUCGAGGCCAUCUGGGAAGAGCAUACCUACUUUGAAUUCGACAAUCGGUCCGUGGAACAUACCAUGAACACCAUGGUGCAAGAGCCAUACGUGAAUCAUAUUCCCACUAUGACGGGGGGCAUUGGCCGCCAUAACCUGACUCGAUUCUAUCGCGACAACUUUAUCUUCAGCAACCCACCGGACACUCAAAACGAGUUGAUUAGUCGGACCAUUGGCAUCGACCGGGUCGUGGAUGAGUUUAUCAUGACGUUUACUCAUAAUUCCGAGGUGGACUGGUUAAUUCCUGGAAUUCCACCAACAGGCUGUCAACUGGAGAUCCCGUUCAUGGCGGUGGUUAAUAUUCGAGGAGACCGACUCUACCACGAACACAUCACAUGGGACCAGGCAACUGUGCUCAAACAGCUCGGCUUGAUGCCCGAGUAUGUCCCGUAUCCAUAUCCACUUCCAGACGGUCAACGACCGGCUGAGGGCAAGAGCUUUGCGGUCCGAGUCCCCGCGGCUGGGGCUGAGACGGCGGCAAAGAUGCGUGAUAAGAAUGCUGUACCGUCCAACCAACUCAUGGCUGGGGGAAUUCAAGAAGUCUGA